GUGAGAAGUUGUGAGCUGUCAGUGAGUUGUUCAAGAGGUGCAGAACUUUGCUGUUGUUUUGAAAUGAAAGGUCACUAUAGAAUGUUUCUGAAAACAAAGUAAAGGAGUCAGUUACGCAUUCUCCUCCAUCAUGUCUUCAACUUCGUCUGGAGGAGCGCUUCCUUAUCCGUGGUACCAUGGCAGCAUCACCAGAUUGCAAACUGAAGAUAAUCUGACACGAGCCAAUAAGACGGGAAGUUUCCUUGUCAGAGAUAGCGAGUCGUUCAAAGGAGCUUACGUGCUCUCAGUCUUAUGUGAUGAUAGAAUCUAUCAAUAUCGUAUCCUACCCACUGCAGAUGGUGCUGGCUACCUCAUUAAGUCCUCCGACGCAACCAAGCAGCACACCUUCAGUAACUUGGCGGAGCUCAUCAAGAGCUACAGUUUGACAAACAAUGGACUAUGCUGUGCAUUAAGAUAUCCAUCAGAGGCCCAGAAGCUGGAGACAGAGGAAGAUCAAGACUCUGAUGACGAGCCUCCACUCUCGGACGAUGAUGAAACAGACUCGCUGACGUCAGCCGCCUCAACCGAGAUUGCUCUCCACGUUCUUCAAUCACGACUGGAUCAUCUCAACGUCAAUUCUUUAGACACCAUCUUUCUCGAUAAGCUACGAGAAUACAUGGGAAGCAAGGUAAAGCAAGACUACGAUGACAUUAAAGGCGGCGCGACGACGGCUACAAACCUUCGCCAGCUCAUCUUAACAUCUGCUAAUGAUCUAACAAGACAAGUUGACUUGUUCUUGAUGAAGAUGCAAGCUCUACAGCAACUCUUUGACCUGUCGGCCAUCCCAUCCAAGACCAACUCCGCAGACAAGGCUAGCAGAGCGGGGAGUGAUUUGAAGCAAUUAUUCGGCAAGUUGGGAGAAUGUCAGGCCAGGGUUACUACAUUAGAGAACAAGGCUGUAGCCACAUUCCAAGAACUACACAAGACCGAGGUUCGAAUCCCCAUCCCGUCAACCAUUCAAGAGGAAGAGCUCGACUUAACAGAUGAUUGUUGUGAAUCUCCUAUGUACAUGGGAGGCGGAAAUACUGACAGCAGUGACUCCAUCAAGACCCCGUCACUCCCAAGUAAUUCCACUAUGUCUGUGACGUCUUUUGAGGUCAAAGUUGAGGGAGCCUUGAAGAACACCAAGGUCAAGUUAAAAGUAGACACUUCCCAUGGUAACAUGUCAAUAAUGAAACACAGUGGCAAGGACAUGAAGGAAGAAAUGACGCCAUACACGCAUGAAAACAUUGUACAGCUAGUCAAGUCCAGGGUGAACAAUCUGAAGCUGAUGAUUCGCUUCUCCAACGGGAAGAAGAAAGAGUUCAACUUUGAAGAUGCCAAGAAAAGGGAGACAUUUUGCCAACUCAUUCAGUACAUGAAAGUGCUGCACUCCACCAGUAGCGAAGUGGAUCAGAUUUCAGUGUUUAUCGGCACAUGGAACAUGGGAGCCGCAAUGCCACCUAGUAGCAUCAGCUCCUGGUUGCUGUGCCAGGGUGAUGGGAAAACUAGAGACCCGAGCCUUGCCGCCGUACCUCAUGACAUCUACAUCAUCGGUACUCAGGAGUUCAAGAGUGCUGCCAUCAGUGACAAAGACUGGAUCAAUAGAGUCAAGGCAGAGAUCGGGAGAAUCAGCGGGCUGAACAAGGAGUAUGUCUCGCUAUCGCUGACUUCAUUAUGGGGUUUAAGACUUUCCGUACUCGUCAGACCGGACCAUGUGCAUCAGAUCAGUCAUGUCAGGGAAUCUAUAGUCAGAACGGGAAUUGCAAAUACGCUGGGCAACAAAGGAGCAGUGGGAGUGUCUUUCCUCUUCAGCGGUACCUCAUUUUGUUUCAUUAAUGCACAUCUUACCUCAGGAACGGAGAAAUGUACAAGACGUAACAACAACUAUCAUGACAUCUUACGUGGUCUGUCACUUAGCUCCAAGGCCAUGAGCCUCUUCGAUCUAACCAACCAGUUUCAUCACAUGUUCUUCCUUGGUGAUCUCAACUAUCGCAUCGAAUGGAACGUUCCGGAUAUUCUGCGGAAUAUUUCUCAAAAGAACUACGCCGUUCUCUUCGACCAUGAACAGCUCAAGAGAGAGAAGGACAAGGGGAAGAUCUUUGUGGAUUUUGAUGAAGAAGACAUCACCUUCCCUCCAACGUAUCGUUACAAACUCGGAGACAGACUAGUUUAUGACUACAAAAAGGUCAAGAAAACAAUGGUGAGAAUCAACGAGCCAUCAUGGUGUGAUCGGGUCACAUGGAGGUCAUAUCCAGGGAUGCAUAUAGUCAACACAUCAUACGGAUGCACAACGGAUAUAGUGACCAGCGAUCACUCUGCGGUCUUUUCUACAUUUGACGUCGGUAUUGUGGCAACUUCAGUCAUACCUAAAGAACGAUUCCAAGGAGGUGCUGUUGAGAAUGUCAAGAUAGUCUUUGUUUCAGCCGCUGCCACCAUCUUCACUAGCAUGUGUGGCAACUUCUACCUGGAGUUUUACUCCAACUGCCUUGAAGCUGGAUCAGUAAAGAGUGGUUUAAACCGAACGUGCCUUCAGGAGACACCUGCAUCAGGUGGUCCACAGAUCAGGCCCUCAUGGUCGGUAGAGGAGUUCCCUAGGUUGACUCCUCUCCUCUCGGACUAUGACUAUCUAGAAGAACAGCAUAUCCUGGUGGCUAUUAAAUCCAGCGAAAGUGAAGAGUCUUAUGGAGAGUUUGUUGUAUCCUUGAGGGAUAAGAUUUCUUCUAUUCCUAUCUCGUUCUUUGCUGUACUUACUCAUCAAGGACACAAGACAGGAGAGAUAACGGGUGCCUUACACGUCAAGUCAAGCGAUGAAAGUCUCUACGGAGGAUUGAGAAAGACCAAAACCUACGAGUUGGUUUCAUUUGAUGAGAAACAAGACUUCAGUUUUUGUCAGGACGUCCCAGAGAUGGACACCAAACUACAAGCCAGAACUGGAAAAGGGAAAGUGAAGAGAUUCUAUAAAUCCAAAGCAGGUUCCAUGGAGAAUCCACCGACUGUUGAUGAAGAUGCGCUGCUUAAUCCAGUCAACAGGAGGCGACCAAACGGUGAGGUCACCGGACUCCUGGCAACCACACCCGAGGGGAAAGAUGACAACAACGCAGAGCCACCUCCACUUCCCCCUCCCAGGAAGGGAUCAAGCCCAGUCAUCCCCGACUUAGUCAUGUCGAGCGAUCUCACAUCAGCCAUGCUCAAAUCAUCCAAGGAACUCUCCCUCGAGCUUGGUCUCGCUGUGGAGUCCCAAAAAAGGAAGCUUCACCACACUCUAUCCAGUCCCGGCGAGGGUGAUUUAUCGGCCAGGACACCCGGGACACCCGGGACACCGUGCCGAGACGACUUCAACCCCCAUCUAGAGCGCCCUCUACCGGUUCCCCCACCAGAGAUCCGAGGCGACAUUCCCGCCACAGACCCAAUGCCUCGCAGCCCGAUUGCUUUAACCGGAUACCCGCCGGGAUUUGCCAAGAGCUUCAAGCGAACGCAACCUCCGGGAAAGGUCCUGAAGCUACUGGCUCAGUUUGAGCAGAAGCCGAACGACAGCGAGAAGGCGUCCUCGGAGAGUAUUAAUCAGUCUCUUGAGGAGAUCUUCAAACCUCCGCUGCCGGUCAGGGCUGGUGAGAUGAAACCAGCGGAAGAUGUACUCAUCGAGGGGCUUCCCCCUCCUCUACCGGCCAAAUCCAAGACUCCACCUAAGAACCAGCUGGGUGACAUGGAGGAAUAUGAAGUCUUACGUCGUCCAUCCACCAUAGUGGAGUGGCUGAUGAAUCUCGGUCUCCCGCAGUACGGUUACCAGCUACUGAACAGCGGCUGGGACAACGUGACGUACCUGGACACUAUCACGGACAAAGACUUGGUGGAGUGUCAGAUAAAGGACAAGGACCACAGAGUCAGGAUGCUGGAUAGCAUCCAAUCUAUGCCACGACUGAAAUAAAGACAUCAAAGAUCAUCUGCUAUAAUGAUGGUAAUGAUGGACAAGCGCUGGUAUCCGCCAAAAAGCUAUUUGCAAUUCAACUUUCAACAAGUGACUGCUUCAAUUUGAAUUCCUUGGACUUAAUGCUGCUCUCACACUGUGGUGUAAAUUCUUGCAAGUUUUAAUAUUUGAAAUUCGCAAUGAAUUCGCCCAAAAAUUGUGAUUGGAUUUUCUCGAUCGCCCCAACCUCUCCUUACCAAUAUCUCACAAAUAAUAUGACGUUUCCAAUGGCUUACCAAUGCUUACGAAAAUCGCAGAGAAUUAAUGUCUUCACGAUAUUUGCCGACAUUUAGGAAGCGCUUCAGAUUGGUAUCCCCCAGUAUUAAGCCAUUUGUGAGUUAACUUUGAACAAGUGACUGCUUAAAUUUUACUUCCUUGGACUUGAGAGACCUUUACAUUAGCGUUUCAUUUAAAAAAAUAAUGUGCACCUCAAACAUGGUAAAUCCACUUACAAUGUUGAAAUAUUGAAAAAAUAAUUGUAGCCCACACCUUGAAGUGGCCUUCAGGCCUUGUGUGUCUGGCGACUUGCAUAAAAACAAAAUUAAAAAAAGGUUGGAGUAUUUGAAGGAUAUGGACAGAUUCGUAACUAAGAACUAGCAGGGUUAGCGUCGUUCUUGUGCAAUACACAAAACUGAAAACAAAGUUACAUAUGUGAUGUCAAUCUGUCUAAAGUACAUUUAAUAACACUUGAGAGGACAUGUAGAAACGACUGAGAGUUGCUGGCAAUUUUCUUUGAAAUAUUAGUAAAAUAUUUGCGAUACAAUGUACUGUAGUGACAAGUCCCAAUGAAUUUGUCGAUUUUACAUUAUUGAGCUGAUCCAAUUUUUACAAUUUCCCACAAAAAUUUGAAUUUUUAUGAUUUACAUGUAUUGGCAAAAUCUUAAAGGAACACGUUGCCUUGGAUCGGACUAUAAAAAGGUCUAUGCAGAUGCGUUUUUAGGUUGAAAUGUUUUUGAAUCCCUCUCUCUUAAAGGCUCUGGACACUAUUGGUAAUUACUCAAAAUAAUUA